AUGCGAUCAACCACAAGCCUCAUAUUAAUCUGCGCUGUUCUCUCACUAAUAACGAAUUUUCCGUCUGGGUAUACAAACGCCACGAUCAACACAGCAGUUGCAUCGGUUGACUGGUACUCCCAAAUUUUCCAGGGAAUCGUGAUCAACUGCUGGUUCAUCGUAAUGGUGUUUGGUGCAGCUGUCACACCAUUUAUAACGGAUACUUAUGGAAGGAAAAUUGGAUACAUCGUGGCUACAGCUAUUGCCACUGUUGCGACCAUUAUCCAGUAUUUGUCAAUCCUUUUCAACAUUCCGGAGGCUUUCGUGCUUGGACGGUCGUUCACGGCAUUCUGCAGUCCCUUGGCGGAUGCAUGUCUUCUGCUUUACCUGCAGGAAGUAUCACCGCUAUCCAUUCGCGGAAUGGCUUCGUUUUUAUGUGAAAUUGGAUAUGGUGCUAUGGUUGUGCUAGGAAUGGUGCUUGGCAUGACGGCUGUGCUUGGGUCUCAUCUGGGUAUACUCGUACUGUUACCUAUUUUUCCGCUGGUGUUAUCACUAAUCUUUCUGGUAUUCAUACCGGAGACCCCGAAAUUUCUAAUGAUCAUGAGAAAUGACAGACGAAAAGCGCUGCGGUCGUUGGAAUUUUUCCGUGGCAGCCAGAAAGAAAAUGAACAGCUUCUCGAUUUAUACGAGCGCGAGAAGCUCCAGGGAAUAUCACAGGAGCGAUCAACACUCAAGAUUUGCGAAACAUGGAAUUUAAGGCAAGCUGUGUUCUUGGCAGUCUCCGUGCUUUUUCUAACGUGGUCGUUUUAUCCUAUGCUAACGUCAUCAACUGUAUUCUUGAAGGAAUCUAGUAUUCACAGAAAUGCGGCCGAACUGAUCUCUUCAUUGUUAAUGGUCGUUUUUACAAUUUCCUCCGUCAUUGGUUCUUCUUUUGUGGACAAGUACCCGAGACGUUUCCUUGUGCUGUUCUCCGGCAUAUUAAGCAACUUCUUCCUCGUCUUAUUUGCCGUGUUCUCGUUGCUGGCACGCAUGAGUGUUUGGAUUAGAUACGCAUGCAUAGCAUCAGCAAUAUGCUACUGCAUUUCAUUUGGUAUGGUGCUUGGUCCUGUGUCAUGGUUUGUCGCACCAGAGCUAGUGCCAGUUAAAUACAAAUCAUUGGUGUUCUCGCUGUGUUUUGGCGCAAACAAUGUUUUCAUAGCUAUCACCGACUUUUUAGCUAUCGUACUCUUUCAGAAGUAUGGCGCCAUCGUCUUCAUUCCACUCUUUACCAUACCAUCAUGUGCCUGUCUUGUGUACAUUUACCUAUAUCUUCCGGAAACCAUGGGCAAAGAAAUCGAAGAAAUUAUCAGGGAAAUGUUUGUCAUGGCAAAAAAGUCGCCGAUGACAGAAGGAAAUUCUCAACGGGUACGGCCAAAUAGUGACGUCUUUGCAACACAAUCUUCUUCGAUCGUUUCGCCCUGA